AUGCCCAUACAAGGAUAUUUUAUACCGUCGCCGCGGCAGCGGCGGGGAGCGGGAGCUAGGGCUCCAGCUCCGGUGGUGCAACGGCUGCAGCGACGGUUGCCGCUGCUGCUGCUGUUGCUGCUCUUUUGCUGCUGCAACCCCGCAUUAGCAAGGCGGCCUUCUCCUGCAGACGCUGCAGUUGAAGCAGCCACAACAACUGCCCCCGCAGCAGAAGCAGAGCAGCAGGUUGCUGAUCCUACCCUGGAGCCUGUUGUGAUGAAGGAUGCACGCGAGAACCAGAAGCAGCUCAACUGGCGAAAGCACCACCACCACCAGCAGCUGCAGCAGCAGCGGCAGCAGCAGCAGCAGCAGGUCCAGAGGGAGAAGAAGAAGAAGAAGUAUAUGAAGAAGCAUAUGGAGGAGAAGACGUGCAAGAAACAGGAGUAA